ACAUACCAGCUCGGUUUAGAACCGCUGUUGCCAUGAUGUUCUCAACACCCUAAAAUAGAGUUAGAAAGGGACACUCAAGACAAGCGGCCACCGGCAGCUGCAUUAUAGAUACAGCCUCUGGACCACAUAAACAGCGGAGCAAAGGGAGGUAGAGGCAGUCGCAGGCAGAACCCUGAAGAGAAGCAUCUCACACACAAGACAGACACAGACCAGAGGACAGCCAUAACAACGCCAGCAAGCUCCAGCAGCUCUUUUGCUCCAGUGUUUUGCUUCAUGGCUUGUGAAACAGUUUAAAGUUUAGAGUUCCAAAGAGACAAACACAUGCAAGCUGAUACACUUGACUCAACUGGCAGAGACUGAGAGCCAAAAAUGGCCCAAAUCACAAAAGAAGAAAUGCACCGGCUCUUCCCUCGGAUGUCCAUGAGCGAGGUGGACGAGAGCGUGCGCCUGAUGGCGGAGAAGGUGUACGCCUCGGCCCUGAAGGAGGAGGACACCCGGGACGCCCUGGCUCUGUUCACGGUGCCCGAGGACUGCCCCAUCGGCCUGCACGAGGACAGGGAGAGGGCCCUGCAGAAGGAGCUGGCCGAGCAGCAGUCCCAGGAGUCCGUUCAGAGGAAGAGGAACUUCUUGCUGAAGCGUUCGCAGUCUGUAUCCUCCCAGCUGCCCCCAACUCUGGACUGGGCCCAGUCUGUGGCAUCCCCCACCCUAGAAACAUUCGAGCCUUUUCUCCAAGACAGCAACCCGGACUUCCAGAGAGUGACCAUCAGUGGGGAUUACUGUGCAGGGAUCACCGUUGAGGAUUACGAAGUGGCAGCCAAAAGCCUCCUGAAGGCGUUGGUCAUCCGGGAGAAGUACUCCAGGCUGGCCUACCACCGCUUCCCCAGAACCACGGCCCGGUUCCUCCGCAGCGCGGAGAACGAGAAGUGGAAUAUGGAUGACGAGAUCUUGCCAGACAUCUGGCCCUUCCCUCGAGAAGGAGAGGACCUGUACUCCAUGGAAGGCAUUCCUGACAACUGGAACUACGAGCUGCAGAUGAAGGACGGCAUAGUUCACGUGUACGAGGACGCAGCGGCGCUGAGGCAGCAGCAGCCGCUCAGCCUGCCCUACCCCGACCUGGAGACCUUCGCUAUAGACCUGAGCCACGUGCUGGCCAUGAUAGCAGACGGCCCCACGAAGACGUACUGCCACCGCCGGCUCAACUUCCUGGCCUCUAAAUUCUACCUUCACGAAAUGUUGAAUGAGAUGGCAGAGCUGAAAGAGCUAAAACGCGUCCCACACAGAGACUUCUACAAUGUCAGAAAGGUGGACACACACAUACAUGCCGCCGCCUGCAUGAACCAGAAGCACCUGCUGAAAUUCAUAAAGACCACAUACCAGACGGAGGCGGACCGAGUGGUGUUGGAGAAAGGCAACCAGAAGCUGACGCUCAAGCAGGUCUUCGACAACCUCAACAUGGACCCCUACGACCUCACCGUGGACUCGCUGGACGUGCACGCUGGGAGACAAACGUUUCAUCGCUUCGACAAGUUCAACUCAAAGUACAACCCCGUGGGCGCCAGCGAGCUGCGGGAGAUCUACCUGAAAACAGACAACUACCUCAACGGAGAAUACUUUGCACGUCUCGUCAAGGAAGUGGCUAAAGAGCUGGAGGAGAGCAAGUACCAGCACGCCGAGCCCCGGCUGUCCAUCUACGGCCGCUCCCCCGAAGAGUGGGAGAACCUGGCCACCUGGUUCAUCCAGCACAAAGUCCACUCCUCCAACAUGAGAUGGAUGAUCCAGAUCCCCAGGAUCUACGACAUCUUCAGGUCCAAGAAGUUGAUUCCAAAUUUCGCCAAGAUGCUGGAGAACAUUUUCCUCCCCCUUUUCGAGGCCACGGUCAAUCCUCAAAAGCACAAAGCCGUCCACAUUUUCCUGAAAUACCUGACAGGAUUCGACAGCGUGGACGAUGAAUCCAAACACAGUGACCACAUGUUCUCCUACAAAAGCCCCCCGCCUGAGGCCUGGACCACAGACGACAACCCCCCCUACACCUAUUACCUCUUCUACAUGUAUGCUAACGUCAUGGUGCUCAACAACCUGCGCAAGGAGCGGGGACUGAACACCUUCCAGUUUCGGCCCCACUGCGGGGAAGCGGGCUCCAUCACCCAUCUGGUCACUGCCUUCCUAACGGCCGACAACAUCUCCCACGGACUCAACCUCAAGAAGAGUCCCGUGCUGCAGUACCUGUACUACCUGGCCCAGGUCCCCAUUGCCAUGUCUCCUCUGAGCAACAACAGCCUGUUCCUGCAGUACUCCAAGAACCCGCUGCGGGAGUUUCUGCACAAGGGCCUGUGUGUGUCGCUGUCCACCGACGACCCCAUGCAGUUCCACUACACCAAGGAGCCCCUGAUGGAGGAGUAUGCCAUAGCCGCCCAGCUGUGGAAGCUGAGCACCUGUGACCUGUGUGAGAUAGCCAGGAACAGCGUCCUGCAGAGCGGCCUGUCGCACCAGGAAAAGAAACACUUCCUUGGUUCCAACUACCUUCAAGACGGUCCAGAGGGCAACGACAUCCGGCGGACCAACGUGGCCCAGAUCCGCAUGGCCUACCGCUACGAGACUCUGUGCAACGAGCUGUGCUUCCUGGUGGACGCCGUAAAGACGGACGUGGGUCAGACUCCAGCCGAGUGACGGACCCCCCCC